AUGGAGAACUACCAGAAGCUGGAGAAGGUGGGAGAGGGAACUUACGGAGUUGUCUACAAGGCCCGCGACCUCACGACCAAGGACCAGCGCAUCGUCGCGCUCAAGAAGAUCCGCCUCGAGGCUGAAGAUGAGGGCGUGCCCUCGACCGCCAUCCGCGAAAUCUCGCUGCUCAAGGAGAUGAACGACCCCAACAUCGUGCGCCUGCUCAACAUCGUGCACGCCGACGGCCACAAGCUCUACCUCGUCUUCGAGUUCCUCGACCUCGACCUGAAGAAGUACAUGGAGGCGCUGCCCGUCAGCGAGGGUGGACGCGGCAAGGCCCUGCCGGAGGGCUCUGGACUGGCGGGCCAGAAGCUGACCAUGGGCCCAGACAUGGUCAAGAAGUUCAUGAUGCAGUUGUGCGAGGGCGUGCGUUACUGCCAUGCCCACCGCGUCCUGCACCGUGAUCUCAAGCCGCAGAACUUGCUGAUCAACAAGGAGUGCAACCUCAAGCUGGCAGACUUCGGUCUUGCCCGCGCCUUCGGUGUGCCGCUGAGGACAUAUACCCACGAGGUCGUGACGCUCUGGUACCGCUCGCCGGAGAUUCUCCUCGGUGGACGACAGUACUCGACUGGCGUGGACAUGUGGUCUGUUGGCUGCAUCUUCGCCGAAAUGUGCACGCGCAAGCCCUUGUUCCCGGGCGACUCGGAGAUUGACGAGAUCUUCAAGAUCUUCCGCAUUCUCGGCACACCCAGCGAGCAGGACUGGCCCGGCGUCACAUCCUUCCCCGACUUCAAGCCCUCGUUCCCCAAGUGGAACCGCACAGACAUUGCCUCCAUCGUUACCACUCUCGACGAUGUAGGUCUCGAUCUGCUCGACGCACUGCUGGUCUACGAUCCCGCCGGCCGCAUCUCGGCGAAGCAAUGCGUUCUCCACCCCUACUUCACUGGGUACUCGAACGGCUACCACUGA